AUGAUUGCAUCAGGAGCGAUGGGCUCUGUAUCAUCAUCCAAAUCUUGUGCCUGUGCUGCCAAGAGAAUUUCAUCAUCCUCUUGCUCGGAGCAAAAUGGAUCAACAACUAAGCAAGAAUCAUCGAUCAGUAUCUCCUCCUCGACCUCUCUCAACAAAACCACAACAACUACAACAACAACCAAUACAGGACAAGGUUUUUAUCAGAGAGAGUUACCUGUGGGUUGCAUUGCAUUUGCUUCCUCGGAGGGAAGGAAAAUAUUUGAGGAGAGCAUGAAUGAAGGCAAUUUGCACUCUUUUUAUCCGUUGAUUGAACAAUAUCAUACACAAUCCGAGCCAGCAUACUGUGGAUUGGGAACUUUGGUAAACGUCAUGAAUGCCCUGAAAAUUGAUCCUAAAAGAGUAUGGAAAUUUCCUUGGAGAUGGUUCUCAGAAGACAUUUUCGAUUGUUGUGUUCCUCUUGAAAUUGUGAAAAAAGAAGGAAUUACAUUAAGACAGUUCAGCUGUUUAGCAAAAUGCAACGGAGCUGCCUGUCAAACUUUCAGACCUCAAGAGACUUCCUUAGAUGAUUUUAGAAAUGCUAUUAUUGAAUCUAUUAAAUCUAAUGAUUUAGAAAGCAAGGAAUUAGAUCCCUCAUUCAUUGUUGUUAGCUAUGACAGAGCAACACUAGGUCAAACUGGAAGUGGACACUUUUCUCCAAUCGCUGCCUAUAAUGCUAAGAGAGACAUGGUAUUAAUUUUAGAUGUAGCAAGAUUCAAGUAUCCUCCUCACUGGGUUAAGUUGGAAAAGAUGUGGGAAGCAUUUUACCCAGUUGACAGCGCUACUGGCCUCUCUAGAGGAUUCAUAAUUAUUAAAAGAGACAACAUUCAGAAAGAAGAUCAAACAAUUUGCUAUAGAGUAGUUUUGCGAGAGAAAUGGUCAGAAACACUCUCCAAACUGCUGACGUUUACGAGAGCUAUCACUGAAAAUUAUACACAAAAAGUACAGAGCGAACUCGACAAAUCACCUGUUGAUAUUAGCAAGUUCUGUAAUAGCAUUGUGGAAGUAUUGAGUAGUUCAAUUUAUGAAAUUAUGGAACCAUUGCUCACAAUUGAAAAUAACAUCUCUGAGGAAAUGAAAAAGCUUUGGAAUCAAAAUAUGAACAAUAUAUUUACAGACUUGAGAGAGACACAAAUUUUCAAAGAAAUUUCCAAGUUUGAAAAGGAUAGAACAAAAGCUAUUAUGAUCUCUGUCCUCAUGGUCAGCAUGCCAUCUCAAUUAUUUGAAGAAAUUCAUUUACGAUCAGCCCAUGAGAAAAUUAAGGCUCCACUCGAUUAUGUUUGUAACGCUAAUUGUUGCAAAACAAUUCUUGAAUCCAAUAUUAAUCAAAUCUCAACUCAACUGAGAGCAUUGUUGGAGCUCAGUUUGGAAAAGUAG